AUGGCUGGUGAUUUAAUUUUGCUCACACUGGCAGCUGUCUGUCUUCUUUCCACCUUCCAGCAAUGUCAUUUUGCUUGGCUGGUGGUGAAAUUAAGAAUGAUACACAAGGUCAUGCCCCCAUUCUCAAAUUCUGGAGCUCCAGAAUUUCACAGAACAUUUCAUGCACAACAAAACUGUGUGGAGUUUUACUCAAUACUCCUGACUGGCCUCUGGACUGCAGGGUGUUUUUCAGUCAAGUACUUCCAUGGUUAUGUCCAGUCUGUGAAAGGAAGGUAGGAAGUUAAUGUGUUUUUUUAUUUGAGUGUGAUAAUUCUAAUUUGCUUAAUAACCCUGGGUGCAGCUGGUGCAGCUGGGAUUGUCAACAGCUUUCUGGAUGAAUACCUGGAUGGAGAUGGAGAAAGUCCAUAA